UCCUCAGUCCCCGCGAAAAAAUGAAAUAAAAACAGUUUUUUUUCAUUUUCCUACCUCUAUUUUAUCCUACUAGGGUUCCGUUUUACUGCCCCCAUCACCCAUGGCCGACGUCAUAAACAUGCCGGCUGAUUCCCUCGACGACCGCCGUGGCGGCGGCGACCGUAAAGACAAUGAUAACAACAAUAAUAAUAACAGACAGCCUCCGUCAUCUGACUAUCCGAACUCCUCUCCGCCAUCGCCGCCUCCGCCUCGACGCCGAGAACGAGACUCUCGUGAGCGGCGGGACCGCGACUUCUACGAUCGCAACCGCUCUCCUCCACCUCCACUUACCAGGGAGAGAGAUUACAAGCGACGCAAUAGUAUUAGCCCUCCUCCUCCGCCGUUUUACAGGGAUAGGAGACACUCACCUCCGCCGCGGAGGUCACCAUCUUAUAAGAGGUCUAGGCGGGAGGACGGAGGCUACAGAGGGAGGAGAGGGAGCCCUAGAGGAGGAUUUGGACCUGGAGAUAGAAGGUUUGGGUAUGACUAUGGUGGUGGAUACGAUCGCGAGAUGAUGGGAAGGACCGGUCACCCUGAAGAAAGGCCUCAUGGCCGAUACUUUGGUCGCUCAACUGGUGGCUAUCAAGAUUGGGAUUCUGGCCGAGGUGGUUACAUUGAUGCUUCCAGUUCGGGGAGUACACAAAGAGAAGGAUUGAUGUCAUACAAGCAAUUCAUUCAAGAGCUUGAGGAUGAUAUACUACCAGCUGAAGCUGAGCGCAGGUAUCAAGAAUACAAGUCAGAGUAUAUAUCUACCCAGAAACGAGCCUUUUUUGAUGCUCACAAAAAUGAGGACUGGUUGAAAGACAAAUAUCAUCCAACAAACUUAGUCACUGUUAUUGAAAGGAGAAAUGAGCUUGCGCGUAAAGUUGCCAAGGACUUUUUGCUUGAUCUGCAGAGUGGAACAUUGGACUUAAGUCCUGCUGUCAAUUCUUUGUCAUCAAAGAAAUCAGAACAGACCAGCGAUCCUAAUUCUGAAGAUGAAGCAGACAUUGGUGGCAAAAGAAAGCGAAAUGCUAGGGAACCUACUAAAGAAACUGAUCUUUCCGCAGCUCCGAAGGCUCACCCCAUAAAUUCUGAUCCCAGAAGAAUUUCGAUUGAUAUUGAACAAGCACAGAGCCUAAUGCGUAAACUGGACUCUGAAAAAGGAAUCAAUGAAAAUAUUCUUAGUGGACCUGACAACCAAAUAACUAGAGAUAAAUCUCAUGGUAAUUCGACUGGCCCUGUGAUUAUUGUACGUGGCUUGACUUCUGUGAAAGGCUUGGAAGGUGUUGAGCUUCUGGAUACUCUUAUAACUUACUUGUGGCGUGUCCAUGGCUUGGAUUAUUAUGGACUGAUUGAAACGAGCGAAGCCAAGGGACUUAGGCAUGUGAGAGAAGAGGGAAAGGGUUCUGAUGUGACUAUCAAUGGAUCUGAGUGGGAGAAAAACCUUGACACACGCUGGCAAGAGAGGUUGAAGGGUCAAGAUCCUUUAGAAUUAAUGACGGCUAAGGAGAAACUAGAUGCUGCUGCUGUUGAAGCUUUGGAUCCUUUUGUCCGGAAAAUCAGGGAUGAAAAGUAUGGUUGGAAGUAUGGUUGUGGUGCCAAGGGUUGCACAAAGCUCUUUCAUGCUGCAGAGUUCGUGCACAAGCAUCUUAAACUCAAACAUCCGGAGCUUGUGAUGGAGCUAACGUCUAAAGUGCGUGAAGAGCUUUAUUUCCAGAACUACAUGAAUGAUCCAGGUGCACCUGGUGGGACACCUGUUAUGCAACAAUCUGUUCCGAAAGACAAGCCUCUGAGACGUAAAAUGUUGGAAAACCGCUUGAAAGAUGAGCGUGGCUCACGUAGAGAACGUGAUAAUCGAGCAAAUGGAAGUGAUAGAUAUGAUAGGUCUGAGAACCCUCAAUCAAGUGAUUUUCCAUCCAACAACGAUGGCCCUGAAGGGGGGAACCGUGAUGAUCUAAUGUUUGAGUCAUUUGGUGGACAAGGGAUGCAUGUUGCAACUCCAUUUUCUUCAGAUAUGGCACCUCCACCAGUCUUGAUGCCUGUUCCCGGUGCUGGUCCAUUGGGACCUUUUGUUCCAGCUCCACCUGAACUCGCAAUGCAGGUGUUCAGAGAGCAGGGCGGUCCGCUUCCUUUCGAAGGCAAUAGUAGAAGUGGACGUCCUGGACCUAAUUUAAGUGGACCGGCCCCAUUUCUUUUGCCUCCUGGCUUCCGUCAGGAUCCUCGGCGUUUACGAAGUUAUCAAGACCUAGACGCACCCGAAGACGAAGUAACAGUCAUAGACUACCGGAGCUUGUAGGUACAAGAAAUGAAAAGACCACACAACCAAAACAUAUUUGAGGAAGGCAGCAAGCUAUUCAUCGAACAAUCCAAGGUGCACGCAUAGCUCUGCUUUCAAUUUAUGAUGAAGGGCAAUUCUCCUGCUGUGGUUUACCUAAAAAAAUAUGUAAGUGCCUGUGAACUUUGUUUUGUAUUUUUUCUCUUUUAUUUUUGGUCCCACUUAACUAAUUUCAAAAGAGAUGAUUAUGAAUGAACAUGGAAGAGUGGGGCAUAUAAUGGUUUUUUUUUUAAUUAUUAUUUUAAAAAAUUUGUAUUUGCUGUAAAAUGUUGAACUUUUAGUGAAUAGGUUUCAUAUAA